CUACUAGUGACGUCAGAGCAAAUAGGAAGAGGACAGCAUGAAGGCGGAUGGACUGUUGUUGUUUGGGACAGUUUAGUCAAUGACAGAUCAAUGCUGAUCGCGAUUGAAUGGCAGCAUCGGACAGUCGGCGGUCUUAUGGGGAUUUCGAGGGGAACAGAUCUAUUCCAAACGGCGAGGACGUGCGCAAUGUGAGGGAUACCGGCGUACAGACGGAUGCCAAAGUACAAGGUCAGGGACCUCGGCUGUCCACAGCCAAUCUCUUCACAUUGUUGAGUUUAUGGAUGGAACUUUUCCCCAAGAAAGAACCAUGUCAGCGAGAAAAUGAUCCUCAAAGAAGAAGUGAGAGGAAAUAUAUUUGUGUCCAGGCUGGAGACAGUGGUCUUGUGGUGGUCCAUGAGCACAGGGUUCUGGGUCUGCAUUGCUCCAGUGUGCAGUUACAUGCAGGACAGGUGGCUGUGGUCAAACAUGGACCUCGACUGAAGGGAUGUGACCUCUACUUCUCCAGAAAACCCUGUUCAACCUGCCUCAAGAUGCUCAUCAAUGCUGGUGUGAACAGGAUAUCUUACUGGCCCGGUGAUGCUGAGAUCGGCCUGCUGUCAGGUAGACACGAUCAUGCGGACUCCAGUCACCAGGAAGCCAUUCUAGACGCCACAGCUGCGGAGCGACUGAAGUCCAACAGCAGACCCCACAUCUGUGUGCUCCUGCAGCCUCUGGACAGCACCAUGCUGCAGUUCGUGGAAGAAACCUCCCAAAACUGUGACUUCCUUGAGAAGAUUGCGGCUGACAAUCCUACUCUGGAUGUUGCGGAUAUCUAUAGAAAGGAACGGUGGAACAACUUGAAUGACUUCCUGGAAAAGUUCUUUAUCAAUGAUGAAGAACAGCAUAUGUAUGUGCUGAACAAGAUGGGACUGGAGAACUUUUGCGUGGAACCAAAUUUUAGUAACUUAAGGCAGCACAUGAGGAAUCUCAUUAGGAUUCUCACGUCUGUGGCCGCUAGUGUUCCGGUUCUCCAGGACGAAUAUGGUUUCUUCAUGAGGGAACCUUUAGGGAUGGGUUCUCCAGCUUUACCUCAGGAUGUGAUACGGCACUGUAUCAUACAGGCCCGGUUAUUGGAGUGUAGAACAGAGGAUCCUAAAGUGGGAGUUGGUGCAGUUAUUUGGGCAGAGGGAAAACAGUCACAAUGUGAUGGCACAGGUCGGCUUUACCUAGUGGGCUGUGGCUACAACGCCUAUCCAGUGGGCUCACAGUACGCAGAAUACCCUCAGUUGGAUCACAAGCAGAAAGAGAGACAGAACAGGAAGUACCGAUACAUCCUCCAUGCGGAGCAGAACGCGCUCACAUUCAGGAGUGCAGAGAUAAAACAAGAGGAGAACACAAUGAUGUUUGUAACCAAAUGCCCGUGUGAUGAGUGCGUCCCUCUGAUCGGCUGUGCUGGAAUAAAGCAGAUCUACACUACAGACCUGGACAGCAACAAAGUCAAACACGACAUCUCUUACCUCAGGUUCGACAAACUCAACGGCGUCCAAAAGUUCAUUUGGCAACAGAAAUCUGCUAGACAUACUUCAGAACAAGCUGCUCCGCCUACAGCAAAUGGCUGCAUGAAACGAAGAGAUGAGGAAACACAUUUUCAGUGCAAUAAGAGACUGAGAUCAUAGAAAACAUUUGGAAAGCUCCUCUCCUACCUGUAUGGCAGCAACAGAAGAUCUUAAAAUGUCAUCAAACUCUUUCAGUUCCUUUGUUUUAUUAGUUUUCUGUUAAAGAAAAAUGUAAUUAUGUGCAUUUGAGCAACUGUGGUUUUAAAAUUGCACACAAAACUAAAGAUUUUAAACUUGCUAAAUUGAAAAGGACAAAAAUAACUGUGAAUACAUAAACUGAAAUUAUUAUUCAUUUAGAUUUGUUCUUAAUUUAUAGUGUACAGAUUUACACUAUAUACAGUACCCAAUGUGCUUUUCUUUUAAAAAGGAGUCGGUGAUACUGCCAAUGCUUCACUUGUUCUUUAUUGAUAUGGUACUAUUAGCACUUCAGAUGAAAACUGCAAAUGUAUGUGUAGUAGGAAAAAACGUCAUUCAAAUUUUGAACUCACGAUUUGGCAUUUUCAAUGUAAUUGCUGACAAAUAUAUUCAAUAAAUUUGGCUCAGAUGGAUAUUUUAAAUUUGAA